CGGCCCAGCAGCCUGCUCGUCUCGCAUCCCAGUCCGGCGGGCGGCGGCUGCACCGGGCUCCGGCGCACGGCGGCGACACCCAAACUGCGGUGCAAUGCAUAGUCACUGGGUAGUUAUUAGCCCACCCAUCUCGGCCGGACGCUGGCUUCGCUGUUCUCCCUCCGCACGAUGGUGCGGGCGGCAGAGCAGCGGCGCGCGCUGUUGACUUGACUGUGGCUACGGGGCGCGCCGCCGCAACAGUUGUGACCUCUCCCCGGCGCCGGAGCAUCCACGUCCAACUCCGCUCCCUCCAGAACCAGUUGGUUUCUACAAUGACAUUGGAGCAUCUGUAGAUAUCCCACUUGAUGCAAAAAAGGACCUCAAGAAAACGGAGAGGGAACUUAUGGCUAAAGAGGCUGAGCUAAACAGGAGGGAACAGGAAAUAAAAAGAAGGGAAGAAGCUCUUGCGAGAGCUGGAGUUAUAAUAGAGCCCAAAAACUGGCCACCAUUCUUCCCCAUCAUUCAUGUUGACAUUUCAAAUGAUAUACCCGUUCACUUGCAACGAGUACAGUAUGUUUCUUUUGCAUCACUCCUAGGGUUGGUCAUAUGCCUCUUCUGGAACAUUUUAUGUGUAACUGCUGCUUGGGUUACAGGGCAUGAUCCUAGGAUCUGGUUUCUGGCAGUCAUAUACUUCAUUACUGGAUGCCCAGGUGCCUACUUUUUAUGGUACCGACCUCUUUAUCGUGCCAUGAGAAAGGAUAGUGCGUUCAGCUAUGGAUGGUUCUUCCUAUUCUACUUUUUUCACAUUGCCUUCUGCAUAUACGCUGCUGUUUCUCCGCCAUUCUUUUAUGUGGGAAGAUCAUUGGCUGGAAUUUUUCAAUCGAUCAGCGAGAUAGGCGAGAAUGCUGGUGUUGGGAUAAUGUACUUCAUGGGCUUCGCGAUGUUUGUGCUGGAGGCACUGCUGAGCAUCUGGGUUUUCCAGAAAGUGUACUGGUUCUUCCGCGGGAAAGGAAGCGAGGCGCAGAUGAGGCCUGACACCGCGUCUCGCGCGCCACCGUUCUGAUGCCUUCUCUCCUAGGAGAGAAGAGGGAUGAAGCGUAGUAUGUGAAUUAAGUUUGGUGUGACCGAGUGAACGCUUGUUGGAGAAAGCAGUUUCGGGCGCACAGUUGUAGCUGCCAUUUUUGCCUUGUGGUUGUGGGGGGUUCCUCUCUUAUCUGAAACGAAACUGAAAUCCCCCCGAAAGGCGAAACAGAGGAAAAUGGGAAGACAGCCCUGCAUGUGGCCCCGGAUGCUCGCUUGACAUUUGCCCUUUCGGCAAAGCACUCCUUUCCAUUAUUUUUAUUCUAUGGUUUAUAUAUAUAUUCUUUUGUGAUUAUGAACCUAUUACAUAGCAUUUUUUCUUGAUCAUCAAUGCUGUAAAUCUGGCGAGUUUUACGUUUACAUAUUGCAAACGUGUCAA